AAAUCAAUCUUGCUGAAUUCCUUUGUGUUAACGUUCCUCAAUCAUUCUGUGGGGAGACUGUGUUUAGCAGUAGCAUAAGCGGUCGCUCUUGCCAGCCUCUCAUUCCUCACUAGAGAAAGAUCACAUAAAGAAGAGCCUCUUUUCACAAUAUUUCAGUACAGGGCCAGUAUUAGUGGAGCUGUGUCGAUUUGUGUAGUACAAUAAUGUCAACCAGUACUCAUGAUGGCCCUAAACUUAACGUGGAUGACUUGCUUUUCUUCCCCGGGAAGGAAUUGAACGAGACCAACAUUGCAGGUCGCAGGUCUCCUCCCCAGCCGAUCAGACUAGCCAUAGGGCGUCACGGGGUUUACAAGUUUGAGCGAGAUAAAGAUAAGGUACUUGCAUUCUGGGGAUUUCAAGAGCUCUCUGACUGGAGUUUCUCCGGAUACUCGUUUACAUUGAACUUUAUUAACAGAAAAGUGUAUCAUUUAAGAACUGAUGACGGUCAGGCUAUUAGUCACUGGAUCGAUUCUUUUAGCAAAAACCCCGACCAAGCUUCUGUAAGAGGGAGAGAGGGGGGAAAGAAGGGGAAGAGAGAGGUGAGAAAGAGAGAGGCCAUAGAGAAGUGAAAAAGAGGAAGGAAGAUGAUCUCGCAAGGAGAAGGAAAAUGAUAUAUUUUGAUACAUGUAUAUAUACAUACAUGCGAUCUUGUACACAUUAUAGUGCAAGUAAUAGUUGCUUCUUAUCACUUAUUGACAAGAAAAUACCUUUAGCUGCAAAUUGAAGGAAGACAAUAGUGGGUGAAAGCUACAAACCAUGACAACACACACACACAACAGUGAUGCAGCUAUUGUAUUAAACCAACCGUGAAGAGCUUUCACUUACAGACACAAUACAUCGAUACACACAUACACUACAAUGCCGACACUAUGUGUAUUUGGAGAGUUGUGCAACAACAUUAUCAUUGUAUACG